AUGGCCAUGCAGCUGUUCCAUACUGGCCUGUUCGUGGAUCCGGACGAUGUGGAGAAGUCCUUGAAGACGAUGGCAGAGAACGGUUCCAGAUACCUCGAACUGGAGAAGGCGCUCGGCACAAAAGUUGCCUUGGUCAUGGGGACGUCCCAAGCAGAGUCCGAUUGGCUCAAGAUGCUGCCCUACAGUGGAGCACACAGGGCUGAAGUGAUUGAGCUGUGCAGGAGUUCGACAGUUCUACAACAGGCGAGUGCUCAUUAUGCAGAGCUGCAGCGUCUUAUCGUUGAGUCCACGGUGUUCAAAAUUCGCGAACAGUGGUUUGGAGGCGGCGUCUGA